UUCUAAACGACAUACACCUCAUAAUGGAUGCGGAAGAGCACCAAGAGCACAAGAUUGAGCCCCUUUCUAAAGACGCCACACAAGUUUUGCACCGCUACGGGGCACUGCCGCGUCGAAAAAGUUUACUUGAACACCAGACCAGAAAAUAUUUUGACUCCGGAGAUUUCGCGCUCUCUGCAGCUCAUAGAAUGGCUGAUGAGGGCGCAAUUCAAACCGGAACCUCCCAUCCUAUUCGGGACGGCAUUCCACAUCCCUUUGCACCGGUUCCCAACGCUAGCAAUGUCAGUAGGGAUGCCAACAAGGACUUACUUACACAAGGCAAACAUCCACUUUCCAAGAUGGUGCAAGGCCACCUCCGCAACCAACUCGAUGAUGGGGAUGUCAAAGCAGAGGACACGGGAGAAUUUGCCGCACGGGCAACAAUCGGCGAAGAUUGAUAUGUGUUGUGGCUGUGUUGCGGCUAUGGCAAAAUUGCUAUUUUGAUCUUGGCCUGUAAUGUUCUGUUGGCGUUAGGGACUCCUUACUAGUAAUUAGUUGAACUGGAGGGACAGUCUUCAUUGUAUAUAGCUCCCGCUGAGGGUCUUGGCUAAAUAGCUAUCUGAUAUUCGGACUUGUCAAUUUCAUUAUUCAUGGAUCUAUCUUUUGAAUAUUGAAAUCAAUUCAAGGGUACUCAAUAAUACAUACUGAUUCAUUUGUGCAGGAAACAUUGGAUUACUCAAGUCGAAGAAACCUUAUUCUCGGAGUAUGGGUGGUCGACG